AGAACAUAUUUUAUAAAAAAAUUCAAUUUGUAGUUUUGCACGUCCUUUUCAAAAUGUCGAAAAUUUAUCUGAAGGCCAUGGAGGAGGUGGUGCAGCGGAACAACGAAAACACGAACCGGAUUACGGAACAGGCCCAGGGAUUCGUGGUGUCGGAAAAUGCCACCGAUAGUCUGCUGCACACAUCCUUCGAUCUGACCACCGCCCAGUCGAUUGUGAAGCACCUGCACUCCAGUUUCCUGAAAUUGGCCCAGAGUUGCGUUCGUGAUUUGGAUCCCGAAGAUAAGCUGUGCUUCCUGCGCGUGAAAACCCGCAAACAUGAGUUCCUGGUUAGUCCGGAGGAGGUGUUCACUGUGACCGUGGUGUUGUAGCCCCCUUUGCCCACCGAAGGGUUAAUGAACAAUGUUUACACACUAGGAAGGAGGAGUAAAAAGGAUAGAAACACACCCACUACUGCUACUGCUGUCUCACUCGCUCAUUGAUGGUGUUGCUGUUGUUGUUGUGCAAAUUGCCGGUAUUCUUUAACCCCCCGAAAACCCAAAAAACUAAACGAGCCAUAAAAUUAUGAACAUAACAUUUAUGCGUGUGACCCGGCCAAACUAAAUUAUGUUUAUUAUGUAAUUAAGAUGUUGGCACAUAGAUGCCGAUGUCUCUCGACCAUUAAAAAUAACCACGAGAAGCGGGCAAAAAUCCGCAAAAAGCGGAAAA